AUGGCGUCUUCGACACCUGCGGCGCAGAGACCUGUCUCCAGCAAUAAGGAUGAUAAUAACGGCCCAGUAGGAGAUUUAUACUCUAAGAUCAUCACUGGGGGUUUUGGCCUGUGGGUUUCUGCUGUCGUCGUGCUCGGGCUUUCGGCUGGUAUCAUCUCAAAAUCACCACCGAGUCCCUUGCGACCGCGGCCUCUUACAAUCUGGCGGCGCUCCAUCACCAAGCCCGUUUCAUGUACCAAUGCGAGACCCCGGGAGAUGUUCAUCGUCAUCUUGGCCUUCACCACGCUGAUGUGGGGUGCCGCGUUUCCCCUGAUGUUUGUGAUGCGAAGUAACCAUGGCACGUACGAGAUCAUCAACCCUGAUAAACGUGUCGUGCUCUCAAUCGGUACAGGGAUUGUCAGUGCUCUCCAGAAUAUCACCAUUGCGUGUGCUUGUUUGGGGGUGUCUGCAUUGUAA